GUUUUUCCUUCGUUGCGUUGGAUGAUUCACGAGAUCCAAUCGAUUAUACAUUUUCCUCCUCAAAUUCAUUGGUACGAAGAUUACCGACUCGUACCGUGUGUAUACGUAUCUAUACAGGUCGUCUGCCUACCUACCCCUACAGUGCCCCAAUCGGAGAGUCUAUUGAUUGAGGAUCUCGUUCCCAUUCCUCGCAUUCCUCACCGCCCCCCUGCUGGCACCACCUGAGGUAUCUACCAUCUACCAAGGGAGAACGAGAGGGCACGAUUUAUUAUCGAUAGUAUAUGACACUACUGGUCCAUCAUUGUUUCCCCCCCUUCCUUCCUUCCUCUUGUCGUCAUGAAAGGCACGUCGAGUCUGAGCUUAAAAGCAUGGUCGAAAAUCCACCCCCCGCUACCCCGUACCCCCCGGGAAUCUCAACAACUCCUCAAAGCCCUUACGUCUUCCUUCCGUCGUCAACUCGAUCGGGAAUACCCCCCCUCGGCCCCCUCAGAUCGAGAUGGAUCUUGUGAUCGUACACCGGAGAAUCCGCACUCGUCUGUGCACGCGACUGAUCGACAUCUCCGGGCCAUCCUGGAUAAUCCACUUUUUCGGGUAGUGCCCUCCAAGUCAACUACGGCUCGUAAGGGAAGUGGAACAGCAAGCAGACUACAACAGAGAAUAGCGAAAGAACCAAUGCUGGUCUUCGAUGAAUUGGUCGCCUCAGGUUCGGUAACGCUGCCAACACUACGUGACUGUCUGAGUUCUCAGAUGCUACUGGCCAGCCGUCAUAUCGGAAGCGGCCUCAUACAGGCCAUGAAAGACGCUAGGGCUGGAUCCAAGGUUGUCAGUUGGUGGUUUGCAUCUGAUUCUGCGACGAGACAGAUGUUAUUUAAAUCCCGAGCAGCGACCACAACUCUUGUAAAGUUCUUAGUGGCAGAAGGUCGACAGGGUGUGGUGUUGGACUGGCUGAGGAUGCUGGCGAACCAUGACAUUGGAGGCCGGAACGGUCAGCUGCCAGAGAAAAUUGCACAACAGGUGUUUGGCCAUCUGCUGGUCAACUUAGUCACUGCAGAAAUCCAGUACGGCCGAGGGUUGAGCUUGGCUAUGCGGUAUUACCUACAGACAUGCAAGUCGCAGAUGUUCAAAGACAAUGCGGCCUUAAACCUUUCCUGGCAGCCUGUGUUACUUCCAGCAGGUGUUCACUUAUGUGAGAGCUUGAUGCAGAGUUUACCGUCCAGAUCCAAAGAGCUUGACGGAGCUAUGUACAAUGAGUAUAUUGAAAUUCUUUCCAGACUCGCACCAAACUCGUGGGUGCUAGCUACAGCUCCGUUGUAUCAUCCUACACGCCCUGAUGCCAAACCAUUCCUCGAUUUUGUGGAUACACUACCUCCUAGCCGAGUGGACUCUUCAGCAGGACUGAAACGAGAAAGCUUUAUGCGUGCCGGAUUUGACGCUCUUCGUCUCUUGGUAGACCAAGACAAGCGACAGGAUGUGUUAUAUUUGGCACGGUUCUUGCAACAGCAGUUGCCCGAAAAAGUGGAUUCAGAAAAUGCAUCCAAAUCAGACAACCGCGCUUACACAGAGAGGGAAGAUUUACUAUCACAGCUUGACUUGGCAUUGGCUUGAUUUGCGUAACCAUUGCUAUUGACGCCGAAGCAGCAUAUUAUGUAAAGCAACGAUCUACUGGCCCCGAGAUUAGGGUGGUACCUUUUCUUAUGUGCCUUUCAAUAUGGGUUCAAGAUCUCUACGGAGCUUGCAUGCAACCUAGGUAGUAGGCAAAUGAUUCGUCAAUCUGGAUCUGCAGGUGACAAUCGGGUUUACCAUUGUGGUGGACGGCUUACCCGAAACACGCUAUGAGGAGAACUCCGCAUACUGCUCCACCCAGCCACGCUAAUGGGGUCUCCUUCUCCUCUUCUUGGCACGCUUACAUAUCAUGACCAGCAACACAAUCAGUGCAGGGAAGGCUU